AUGGUCUCUGCUUCGCCCUCUGAGGCGGCCAGCACGAUGCUGCACCUAUCCACGCUGGGCGUGCAAGCAGUCAUCUGGAUGAUAUGGAGCGUCACGCCCCUCUCCUACCUCUACCUCGCAGGCAGCUACGCGGCCUACAAGGGUCAACUUCCAUCCUGGAUGCCGCCUCACCCCUUUCCUCGCCUGCACUACGGCUACCUCUUUUACGCUCUGUGCGAAGUCGUCUUUAGCUUCUAUCACGCUUACCUCGUCACAAAGGUUCAACAACCAGGUCCUCCGCCCAACUUCAGCAAGAAGCUGUUGCGUACGGUGCUCAUCCGAGCACUAGAGACAGGCAUGGACGAUGAGGACGAAGAUGAGGACGUGAAUGCGGAUAUAUCCGGGACAAUAUCCAGAGCUGAAUCGAUGGAGAGGCUGGGUGGAUCGGAGUCAAAUGCUGCACGCAACGGAAUGCGGAUGAGACGCAGGGAGAGGACGACAUCAGGCUCAAGCGAUGUCAAGGCGCUGGGUUCUGGAUCCACCUCGCCCAUCCCCCUGUCUCAGACUCCAUCCCGAGCCCCAAGCCCUAUAGCGGGACACAGCCGACUGCGCGCAUCGAGCGUCUUGCCCAGCUUUGCAGUGGCUCGACCUUUGGACAAGGACGAUGUGCGCGCAAGACGAUUUAGGGAUGAGCUUGCCAUGUGGUUCAUCGAUGCGCGACCAGAGGAUGUGACGGCUAGAGCGGUAGAGAGAUGGCUGGCUUGGUCCUUGUACGCAAAAGAAUUGGAAGAGGUGGAAGUCGAGGCUGAAAAUAGCCGCGUCAUACGAGAGCAGCAUGCCAGCGCCACUUUGAGAAGAGGACUGCCACGACUCAGUAGCGGCGCGACUGUUGCUGCUGCGGUGGACAAUGUUAUGCCGCCUACCCCCACCAUCUCUCCGCCUCCAAGUCCUCUGCCGCCCAGCCACGAGUCUUUCCCACCCAGCCCGAUGCCGGGCAGGGAAGACUUUGGUGAGUCGCGCCGAGCUCAUCAGCGAGCAGAGGAGAUUGGACGCAAGUUGGACGAGGAGGAUCAGACUUCCACCGAAGCGGUCGAGGCUGCUCGGACUGCAGCAGAGUACGCUGCAGGCUGGUCCAAGCCUGGUGCACGGCUAGAGUUCUUGCUUUGGUGCCGGGAAAUGUUCGAAGCUAGGCAAGGGUUCGAGUUCCCACGGAGGGCGACGAGCUGGAACGAGUCUGUAGGGGAGGAUGAGGAGAGCAUCAAGAAUGCGCCGCAUGCUAGAGCUAUGAGGUUGACGAUUGAUCCGGUACGCGUGCAAAGCAGGCCUCUGGCUUGCUACCUCUUUGCCAAUGCCCUGUCCCGCUUCACCGUCAUGCGUGCCAAGUCGAACGGUUUCUCGCUAGAGCAAGAGGGCAGACUACGCUACCUCAUUCGUCGACCGCCUCGAUGGACUCGACAAUUGGCAGAGGCGAGGGACGCACGAACGGCAAGCCUGCAUAGACCCAUCAUCUUUCUGCACGGUUUAGGCAUCGGUCUAGGCCAAUACUCUACGCUCAUCAACCAGCUAGCAACUUCGCACUUGGCUAGCCCCCACCCCAUCUUGGUUCCGCUAUUUCCUGCUACCAGUCAAGAUAUCUUUGAUGACAACUUUUUGAAUCCUGUGGGACAUCACGAAAUGACGGCUACGCUGCGCGUCAUCAUUCAGAAGGAACACUGGCACAGGUGCGGCAUCACCAUCUUGAGCCACUCCAUGGGAACCAUUGUUGGAUCUUGGCUCGUGAGUGGACGAAAUGAAGCUGGCUGGGUCUAAGAAGCGGCGUGUUGAGCACCCCUUGACGUUUCCUCGACAUUUUCCCUCUUCUCUCUUCUGCCUUGCAGGUGAAGAGCCUGGGCGCUUUGGUUCGCAGGAUGUGCAUCGUCGAUCCGGUCUGCUUCAGCCUUUGGGUUCCCGUGGUCAUUGGUAACUUUCUCUACAACAAGCCAGACACGCCAGUGCGGCACUUGAUGAGAUACGUAAGUUAUAUUCUCCGAAUGAUCGAAGAUGGCAUCUUGGCACGAAUCACUCGACUGACGUUUGCAUCCUCCCGUCUCCCGCAUCACUCGCUUGCCAAUUUGCCUACAGUUUGUCGGCACGGAGCUCGGGACGGCGCACGCGCUCUCGCGCCAUUUCAAUUGGGCAUCCAACAUUCUCUGGCCCAGGGAAGAGAUUCAGAAUCUCUUGUCACCUCAUCAUACGCGCAUCUAUCUCUCGGAGCAGGAUGCGAUCUUGGAUGCCAAAGCCAACAGAAGGUAUUUGAGAUCGUUUGGCAUGAAGGAUGCUAGCGAAGGUGGAGGCUUGACCAUGGCGAAGGGAGCGGCGCAUGGAGAGGUCCUCAUGGCGGGAGGAAGACAUAUGAGGGAUAUCCUCGCUUGGCUGGACGAGCCCGAUGCAUAA